UAAUUACAACCUGCUCCUCACUUUUCAUCUUCAGGUCAGGAGCUCCCCACUGGGCUAUUAUUGGAACUGAUAACUGGAAUACAUUUUGCAUUUGUUUUUAUUUCCUGUUCUCACUUUCUGGAUUAUUAGCUCAAAAUGAGUUCUACCAAUGAUUUUAUCAAUGAUGAAAGUGUCAACCAUCAGCCUAUGGACAUGGACGUGACUCUAGCUCAAACUACAACAGAAAAGGUUCAAGAGUCAAGUGACUCUGAGCCACAAACAAUGAGUGUCUACCUCAGAGUAAGGCCUUUUUCUAAAGAGGAGCUCAACAGUGGUGAAGACCAGGAGUGUGUAGUGAUUGAAAAUGACCAAACGGUGACCCUGAACGCACCAAAAGGCUCUGCCAACAUGAAGAGCAGUGAGAAGGGGAUUGGGAUGUCUAUCCACAAGUUUUCGUUCACCCAAAUAUUUGGUCCAGACAUCACUCAGGCCAAACUUUUUGAGGAAACUGUCCAAUGUCAGAUGUCUGAUUUCUUGAAUGGGAGCAACGCCCUUAUAUUCAGUUAUGGUGUCACAAAUGCAGGGAAGACCUACACUAUUCAAGGAUCUCCAAAGGAUCCCGGUAUCCUUCCUCGUGUUUUGGACGCCACCUUCCAGCACAUCAGAGGUCAUCAGUACGAAGCAAUGGACGUCAAACCUUAUCUCCGUAACGAUGCACAGUUUCUCACUCCAGAUCAAGUCAAACAGGAGAAGAGCAUUAAGGCUGCUAUUUUCACUUCAUGUAAAGAGGAGAGUGACACUUUAAGAGGCAGUUGUGGGAACGAUGCUUUAUCAAUGACUCUCAGAAGCCGUUCACCCUCCUGUUCCUCAUUCAAUGAAACUGUGGUAGCAGACAGCACAAUGACAGCAGAUGGCGGUCACUUUGCCUUGUGGGUCGCCUUCUUUGAAAUCUACAAUGAGUGUGUGUAUGACCUGCUCCAGCCCGCCCUCUGCUGUAAGUCCAAGAAAAGAGCUGUUCUCAGAGUGUGUGACGAUGGAGCUGGAAACGCUUAUGUAAAAGAUUUGAGGUGGAUCAAUAUUAUGAAUUUGAGUGAAGCAAACAAGAUACUACAAUAUGGAAACAAGAACCGAAGUGCAGCUGCUACUAAAAUGAACCAGUGCUCCAGUAGAAGCCACAGCAUAUUUACAAUGAAGCUGUUGAAAAUUGACAAUGAUGCAGUGAAGGCCAUUUCAGAGUUUUCUCUGUGUGAUUUGGCCGGAUCUGAACGGUGCAACAAAACAAAGACUUUUGGAGAGAGGCUCAAAGAAGCUGCAAACAUCAACAACUCUCUGCUCAUCCUGGGAAAGUGCAUCAUGGCUCUGCGCAACAACCAGGGAGACAGAUCAAAAAGCUGCAUCCCAUUCAGAGAGAGUAAGCUCACAAAGCUGUUCCAGUCGUUCUUCUGUGGAAAAGGAAAAGCCUCAAUGAUCGUGAACAUAAACCAGUGCGCCUCCACCUACGAUGAGACCCUCCAUGUCAUGAAGUUCUCCGCUGUGGCCAGACAGGUGGUGCAGGUGAUCCCAGACAAGUCUGUCCACAUGUCUCAGUGUUUGUUUGGUCGAGAUGGGAAGCCCCUGGUGCGUCCUGGGACAGACAGCCCGUCUGUGGAGGGGUACCUGUCUGAAGAGGAGCUCCUGGAUGAAGAGGACGAAGCAGAUAUGUCCCUCAUGCCACAAAACGAGCUUCUGAACAUAAUAGAGAAUCUGAAAAGUAAGUUAUUGGCUGAACGUCGGAAAAACCUAGUUCAGGAAAUGGAAAUUCGUAAAGAAAUGGGGGACGCCAUGAUGCAACAGAUCAUGGAGAGUGAAGAACUACGCAGCCGAGAGAUUGAGGAACUGAAGGAAAGUUACCAGGAGAAGUUGGAAAACACUUUUGAGAUGUACAAGGAGGCAAUCAAAGAGCACGCCUAUCAGAACGCCAUGAGGAACCUGGAGGACGAUUAUGUCCCACUGGAUGAGUUUACAGCUGAACAAGAGAAAGUGGAGGAGUUGAAGCGUCAGUUGGAGACAGCUCAAGGCCGAGGAGGUUCAGUGGAGACGACAGAUCGAUCUACUCAGACAGAAACACCCAGAGAGACAGAAACAGCAGAGUUGAGGUGUAAGAGGCUUUAUCAAGAAAAGUCUGCACUGGAAACCAUAUGUGAGAGCAAGCAACAGUUGAUUGUGUCAUUGGAGAAAAGUUUGAAAGAUCUCAAUGAGGGACAUAAGUGGCUCACAAGCUGCCUCUCGGAGAAGUCACUGGAGGCUGAAACGCUCGAGAGGAAAGCUCAGGAUCUGUGUAAAUCUCUAGAGGAUGUCCUGCUGCAGAACAUUGAAAAAGACAGAGAAAUCGAGACCCUAAAACAACAACUGGAAAACAAGUCCCUAAAGACGAGUCCACUGCCGCCAAAGCCCAAACGUGGUCUCCUCGCUAACAUCAAAGACGCUGUGACAUCGCCAAGAAAUUCUGGCUCUGCUCGCACCCUGAGAAAGACUGUGAGGGCUGUCAAACGCUAAUUUUAUACCAUGUUUUUAAAUGUAAAAUAUUUUAUGUGUGUGAUUAUUUUAAAAUAAAUUAAAUGGUUUUUAAAGUGG